CGUCCUGUUUUCUUUCGUUGGCCGCGCUGGAGUGGCCGCUGCUCUCGUAGGUGCUGCCGCCUCUUAGUGUGGAUUCUCGCCUGGCUCGACGAGGGCAGCGCAGUCUUUGUCCCGUUCGCUUGCGCGUCGUACCCUAGGGCGUCGGCUUUCGCGCAACCAGAAGCAUGGGCCGCGAGUCACGCCACUACCGGAAACGAUCAGCAUCACGAGGACGCUCUGGAAGUCGAUCUAGAAGUCGCUCACCCUCAGACAAAAGAAGUAAGCGUGGAGAUGACAGACGGUCUAGAAGUAGAGAUAGAGAUAGAAGAAGAGAGAGAUCUCGUAGCAGGGAUAAAAGAAGAUCUCGAUCAAGGGACAGGAAACGUUUGAGACGUUCCAGAAGUAGAGAAAGAGACAGAAGCCGAGAGCGAAGACGAUCUCGAAGUAGAGACAGGAGACGCUCAAGGAGUAGAAGCCGGGGCCGCCGAUCCCGAUCCUCCAGUCCUGGCAACAGAAGCAAGAAAGCUGAAAACAGAUCUAGGUCCAAAGAGAAAACAGAUGGUGGGGAAAGUUCUAAAGAGAAGAAAAAAGACAAAGAUGACAAGGAAGAUGAAAAAGAAAAAGAUGCUGGUAACUUUGACCAGAAUAAGCUGGAAGAAGAAAUGAGAAAGCGAAAAGAACGAGUAGAGAAAUGGCGUGAGGAGCAACGUAAAAAGGCCAUGGAAAACAUAGGAGAACUGAAAAAGGAAAUUGAGGAGAUGAAACAAGGGAAAAAAUGGAGUUUAGAGGAUGAUGAUGAUGAUGAAGAUGAUCCUGCAGAAGCUGAGAAGGAAGGAAGUGAAAUGGAGGGUGAGGAGUUAGAUCCAUUAGAUGCUUACAUGGAAGAAGUAAAAGAGGAAGUAAAAAAGUUUAACAUGAGAAGUGUGAAAGGUGGUGGUGGAAAUGAAAAGAAGUCUGGGCCAACGGUCACAAAAGUUGUCACUGUUGUGACCACGAAAAAAGCAGUUGUAGAUUCUGAUAAGAAGAAAGGUGAGCUGAUGGAGAAUGAUCAGGAUGCCAUGGAGUAUUCUUCAGAGGAAGAAGAAGUUGAUCUUCAGACGGCCCUUACAGGUUAUCAGACCAAACAAAGAAAGCUACUAGAACCAGUUGAUCAUGGAAAAAUUGAAUAUGAACCAUUCAGAAAAAACUUUUAUGUUGAAGUUCCGGAACUAGCAAAAAUGUCUCAAGAGGAGGUGAAUGUAUUUCGACUGGAAAUGGAGGGUAUUACAGUCAAAGGAAAAGGUUGUCCCAAACCAAUUAAAUCUUGGGUCCAGUGUGGAAUUUCCAUGAAGAUCUUAAAUUCCCUAAAAAAGCAUGGCUAUGAAAAGCCCACACCAAUCCAAACCCAAGCAAUUCCUGCUAUAAUGUCUGGACGAGAUUUGAUUGGCAUUGCUAAGACUGGAAGUGGAAAGACCAUUGCUUUUCUGUUGCCGAUGUUUAGACACAUCAUGGAUCAGCGGUCAUUGGAAGAGGGAGAGGGGCCAAUAGCUGUCAUCAUGACUCCAACUCGAGAACUGGCUUUACAAAUUACUAAAGAGUGUAAGAAGUUUUCAAAGACCUUGGGACUUAGAGUGGUCUGUGUUUAUGGAGGAACGGGAAUCAGUGAGCAGAUUGCUGAGCUGAAAAGAGGUGCUGAAAUUAUUGUUUGCACACCUGGUCGAAUGAUUGAUAUGUUAGCAGCUAACAGUGGCCGGGUCACAAAUCUUCGAAGAGUAACAUAUGUAGUUUUAGAUGAAGCAGACAGAAUGUUUGACAUGGGUUUUGAACCACAGGUCAUGCGAAUUGUGGAUAAUGUCCGUCCUGACCGCCAGACAGUUAUGUUUUCAGCUACUUUCCCCAGAGCCAUGGAGGCUUUGGCUCGCAGAAUCCUGAGUAAACCCAUUGAAGUGCAGGUUGGAGGCAGGAGUGUGGUUUGCUCAGAUGUGGAACAACAAGUGAUUGUGAUUGAAGAAGAAAAGAAAUUCUUGAAGUUACUUGAGCUUUUAGGUCAUUAUCAAGAAUCAGGAUCUGUCAUUAUAUUUGUGGAUAAGCAGGAACAUGCUGAUGGUCUUCUGAAGGAUUUAAUGAGGGCAUCUUAUCCUUGCAUGUCUCUUCAUGGAGGCAUUGAUCAAUAUGACAGAGAUAGCAUCAUUAAUGACUUUAAGAAUGGGACCUGCAAACUUCUUGUGGCCACCUCUGUUGCUGCCCGAGGUCUAGAUGUGAAACAUCUUAUUCUUGUAGUAAAUUAUAGCUGCCCUAACCAUUAUGAGGAUUACGUGCACAGAGCAGGACGGACUGGAAGAGCAGGCAACAAGGGUUAUGCCUACACUUUUAUCACAGAAGAUCAAGCUCGCUAUGCUGGUGACAUAAUUAAAGCUCUUGAGUUGUCAGGGACUGCAGUACCUCCUGACCUAGAGAAACUUUGGAGUGAUUUCAAAGAUCAACAGAAAGCUGAGGGGAAAAUAAUUAAAAAGAGUAGUGGGUUCUCUGGUAAGGGAUUCAAGUUUGAUGAAACAGAACAAGCUUUGGCUAAUGAGAGGAAGAAGUUACAAAAAGCGGCUCUGGGUCUGCAAGAUUCAGAUGAUGAAGAUGCUGCAGUUGAUAUUGAUGAGCAAAUUGAGAGCAUGUUUAAUUCAAAGAAGAGAGUAAAGGAUAUGGCUGCUCCUGGAACAUCAAGUGUCCCUGCUCCAACUGCAGGAAAUGCUGAGAAAUUAGAAAUUGCUAAGAGAUUGGCUCUUAGAAUCAAUGCUCAGAAGAAUUUAGGCAUCGAGUCUCAGGUAGAUGUAAUGCAACAGGCCACCAAUGCAAUUCUCAGAGGUGGCACCAUUCUGGCUCCCACUGUGUCUGCGAAGACGAUUGCAGAGCAACUUGCUGAGAAGAUCAAUGCCAAGCUCAAUUAUGUGCCUUUAGAGAAACAAGAAGAAGAGAGGCAGGAUGGUGGACAGAAUGAAUCAUUUAAGAGAUAUGAGGAAGAAUUAGAGAUUAAUGAUUUCCCGCAGACUGCUAGGUGGAAAGUUACUUCUAAGGAAGCUCUGCAGAGAAUCAGUGAAUACUCUGAAGCUGCAAUUACAAUCAGAGGAACAUACUUCCCUCCUGGCAAAGAACCUAAGGAAGGAGAGCGGAAAAUUUACUUGGCAAUUGAAAGUGCCAAUGAACUGGCAGUGCAGAAAGCAAAGGCAGAAAUCACCAGGCUCAUAAAAGAAGAACUGAUCCGGUUGCAAAAUUCAUACCAACCAACAAAUAAAGGAAGAUACAAAGUCUUAUAAAUAUCUGGAAGAAACUUUUCACCUGUGCUGGUCUGUGAUACAUGUGGCAUUUGUGUGCAGUUUACAAUGCAUUGUAAAUUAAGAUUUUUAAAAUUCUACCUUACUGAUUUUUUAAAUAUAAAACGCAAGUAUUUGCUAAGAAGUCUUCUGUGAGUAAGUACCCCUACAAUUAAUCAAAUUAUAUUUGAAGCAGGCCUGUUUUCAGAGUAUGAUGUCCUUUGAUGUACAACUUAAAUAUCACUAUUUCAAAUACCUGGAUAAUCUAGAGGUUUAAAAUGGAAAUAUUUGGACUUUGUAUAAAAGGAAUAAAGUACACAAGAUGCUAAGGGGUUCUUUAUCCUAUACUUUUCAAUGAAAUUGUGAUCAUUUCCUGGAAAAGAUAAAAUUCUCGUAUUUUAUAUCUGCCCUCCCCUUGAGUUUAACUGUUACUUCAUUCAUUAGAACAACAUAGGCUGGAGUUAAUUUAAAAAUAUUAUAACAGAAGUUUUACAAAAUAGGUUCAGAAUUUUUGUUUCAAUUUUUAUCUUCGUAAAUGGGCAAUAGGUAGUUGGACUACUUUUGGUUUUUAUAAAAUUAAAGAUUUAUAGU